GACAAAUAGAACGCAGUCGAACGGUCGGUCAGCCCAGCGACGCCGGUGAAAGAUGGCGUCUCUGCUGCACCCAGAUAGAGUGGUCUAUCUGGUCCGUGGACAGAAAAGGAUUAGAGCCCCCUUAUCUCAACUUUAUUUUUGUCGCUACUGUAGUGAGUUAAGGUCGCUGGAAUGUGUGUCUCAUGAGGUGGAUUCCCAUUACUGUCCCAGUUGUCUGGAGAACAUGCCAUCUGCUGAAGCUAAGCUGAAAAAGAACAGGUGUGCAAAUUGCUUUGACUGCCCAUGUUGCAUGCACACUCUGUCAACUCGGGCCACUAACAUUCCAGCUCCUCUGCCUGAUGAUCCUACCAAGACAACGAUGAAGAAAGCCUACUACCUGGCCUGCGGUUUCUGUCGCUGGACCUCCAGAGAUGUAGGAAUGGCAGACAAAUCAGUUGCCAGUGGUGGAUGGCAGGAGCCAGAAAACCCCCACGGUCAGCGGAUCUCCAAGCUGAUUGAGUAUUACCAGCAGCUCGCCCACCGAGAGAAGCAGGAGAGAGACAGGAAGAAGCUGGCAAGGAGACGACAGUGCAUGCCCCUGGCAUUCUCGCAACACACUAUUCAUGUGGUGGAAAAAUACGGCCUUGGAACCAGACUGCAUAGGCAGAGACCUGGAGCCCCAAUAGCCACUCUGGCUGGACUUAGCCUUAAAGAAGGUGAGGACCAAAAGGAAAUCACAAUCGAACCCGCUCAGGCCCUUGAUGAAGUGGAGCCCCUGCCUGAGGACUGCUACACCAGACCCAUCAGUUUACCUGAAGUGACCACGCUGCGUCAGCGGCUGCUGCAGCCGGACUUCCAGCCUGCAGGAGCUUCUCAGCUCCACCCCAGACACAAACACCUCCUGAUGAAGCGUUCACUGCGCUGCAGGAAAUGCGAGCACAACCUGAGCAAGCCAGAGUUUAAUCCAACUUCAAUCAAGUUCAAAAUUCAGCUGGUGGCUGUGAGUUACAUCCCUGAAGUAAGAAUAAUGUCCAUUCCAAAUCUCCGAUACAUGAAGGAGAGUCAGGUGCUGCUAACCCUGACCAACCCGGUGGAGAACAUCACUCAUGUCACACUGGCUGUUUGUGAAGAAGAUGAUCCUGACGAUAUUAACAGCACAUCCAAGGUUCUUGUUCCCAGUAAGGAACUGGUUUUGGCAGGGAAGGAUGCUGCAGCUGAGUACGACGAACUGGCAGAACCUCAGGACUUCCAGGAUGAUCCAGACAUCGUCGCCUUCAGGAAGUCCAACAAGAUCGGUUUCUUCAUCAAAGUGGUCCCUCUGAAAGAAGAUGACACGGAUGUCACCGUUUCAUUUAGGAUGCGCCACGACUUCCGUAACCUCGCAGCUCCCAUCCGGCCGAGCGAGGAGGGGGGCGACGCUGCUCACGAGGCCGUUUGGCUCACUCAUCAUGUAGAGCUGAGGCUGGGGCCGCUCGCUCCCUGAGCGCAAAUAAAAACCUUUAGCGUUCUUCAACUAGACUCUUUAAACUAGCGAUCGUUUAGUGGAAGCUGACGGGAGUUGCUUUUGUUUUAUCUUACCUGACGUCACCAGUGGUUGCACAAUAACCUUCAUCUGCAUCUUAGCUCGGCGUUAAAUUAUAGGAAACUAUUGUUGACUGCUGCGUCGGUUUCAUCUCUUUUGAAAUGAUUGUUGUGCUGCUCCAUGGCAGGUUGUAUUUCACUACAUCGUGCUCUCUCUGCCUAAACACUACACAGUCUAUUAGCACGAAGCGGCUUCUGUGUGGGAGGUUAGGAGGUAUUAAUGUUGUGCUUACAGUGUUUUCUUUAUUUCCUCUGUCUGUCUGGUUAUAAUUCACCGUAACACCGAGACGGUGCGAACUAUUCGGACUCAAACCAGCGGGCAGAAUCACGAGAGACGAGAACAACCUGAAAGAGCCGCCGCCUGUGCUCCGUUUGUCUUUGCCUCUUUGUCAGCAUCAUUUUCUGCAGACCAUAGUUUUCUAUUUGCUAGCAUGCUUUAUCUAUAUGAAAUACAGCAAAUGUUAACGUCUUCACGCUCUGCACUCUCUGAACGUACCCGUCUAUAUUUCACUGUUGUACAGGAAUCUAUUUAAAUCACUUCUUAAAGAAUAACCACUUACAUUUAAGGUUUACUGACUGAAACGUCUCAGUGUCUUUAGCAGCUCAUUGAAAGCGUACACAGGCUAUUAAUCUGAGAUCACCUGUAGUUUGUGCACCCAGAUUUAUCCGCCAUUUUACGGGACUGAUUAAAGGUAACCUCGUCUCUGUUGCCCACCUUCAAAUGCAACUGCCUCCAUUAAAGUACACGAAGGUCGAGAAAAUGGUCUUAGGUACAAAAAACUCAUCAUGCGUUUGUACUUGAGAACUUUUCCUCCUCUUGGUUGGCAAGCAUUACUGACAAGCCUGUAAGUGGAUGUUGUGCAAAACUGUCCCAUGUGUUAUCCUUGGCAAAAAAAAACUACAAAAUAAAUAGAGCUGUACAUCAAUUAAUCUGCACUACUGGCUAAUAAAUUAAUAGCAUGCUGUAAUGGA